ACCUCACACAGUACCCCCAGCUUCACCUCUUCAAUCCCCACCACACAGACCACCUCACACAGAACUCCCAGCUUCACCUCUUCAUUCCCCACCAUGGAGACUACCUCACACACUACUCCCAGUUUCACCUCUUCAAUCUUCACCACUGUGACCAUCUCACACAGUCCUCCCAGCUCUACCUCUUCAAUAGCCACCACUGAGACCAUCUCACACAGUACUCCCAGCUUCACCUCUUCAAUCUUCACCACAGAGUCAACCUCAAACAGUACUCGCAACUUCACGUCUUCAAUCCCUACCACAGAGACCACCUUACUGAGUACUCCCAGCUUCACGUCUACAACCUUCACCACCGAGACCACUUUACACACUACUUCCAGCUUCACCUUAUCAACAGCUACCACUGAGACCACCUCAUACAGUACUCCCAGCGUUACCUCUUCAAUCCCGACCACCAAGACCACCUCACACAGUACUCCCAGCUUCACCUCUUCCAUCCGUACCACUGAGACCACCUCACGUAGUACUCCCAGCUUCACCUCUUCAAUCCCCACCUCCGAGAUGACCUCAAACACUACUUCCACCUUCACCUCUUUAAUACCCACAGCCAAGAUCACCUCACACAGUACUCCCAACUUCAUGUCUUCAAACCCCACAACCGAGACCACCUCAUAUAGUACUCCCAGCUUCACCUCUUCAAUCCGAACAACUGAGACCACCCCACACAGUUCUCCGAUCUUCACCUUGUCAAUCCCCACAACUGAGACCACAUCACAAAGUACUCCCAGCUUCACCUCUUCAAUCCCCACCACCGAGACAACCUCACACACUACUCCUGGCUUCACCUCUUCAAUCUUCACCACUGAGACCACCUCACACAGUACUCCCAGCUUCACCUCUUCAAUAGCCACCACUGAGACCACCUCACACAGUACUAUCAGCUUCACCUCUUCAAUCUUCACAACCGAGACCACCUUACACACUACCUCCAGCUUCAGUGCUUCAAUCCCCACAACUGAGACAAUCUCAGAAAGUACUCCCAGCUUCACCUCUUUGAAACCCACCACGGAGACCAUCCCACACACUACUCUCAGUGUCACCUCUUCAAUCCCCACGACCAAGACAACCUCACACACUACUUCCAGCUUCAUUUCUCCAAUCCCCACUGUAAAGACCACCUCAAACACUACUCCUAGCUUCACCUCUCCAAUUUUCACCUCCAGGAGAACCUCACACAGUACUCCCAGCUUUACCUUUUCAAUCCACAGCACUGGGACCACCUCAUACAGUACUCCCAACUUCACUUCUUCAAUUCCUACAACCGAGGCCACCUCAGGAAGUACUCUCAGCUUUACCUCUUCAAUCCCAACCACAGAGAUCACCUUUCACACUACUUCCAGCUUCACUUCUUCAAUACCCACCACCGAGACCACCUCACACAGUACCCCCAGCUUCACCUCU